AUGAUGGUCUUCGAGCACGCAAUCGUCGACUCCGUCGUCCCCAGUCCUGGGUCGCCGCCCGGCAUGACUGCUUCCAAAUCCUCCAAAUCCUCCUCCUUCCACUCCAUCAGCUCCGACGACAAUAGCGUCCUGUCCGACGUCAACCACUUUGAGGACAUUGGCCUCGACGACGACGCGUCCUCGAUCGCCGCACACCACGACCGUGACGCUGCCGACUUCAAGGCCCGCCCCAACCGUUUCUCGCCCUCUUUUUCGGCGGACCUCCGUGCCGCCUCGCUCCAGUCCGCCUCCACCCACAGCCUCACAACCAAACCGCGCGUCUCCUCAUCUUCACGCGAGCUUCCUCGCACACGCCCACAUGCCGCCAACCGUGACAUCACCCCACCCGUCCGGCCCUCUUUUCCUAGCUUGCAGAGCCAAGUCCGCGGCGCCAAUGUCCGUAGCACGAGCACGAGCGCACUGACACCAGAAGCCCUGCUUCCCAAGUCCAAGAGAAGCCACGGCAACCGGUCGGCCACGUCCCUCUCCUUCCGCCACCGCAGCCCCAGCCCCAACCUGGUCAACGUCCCGCAUGGCCUGAAAGAUCCGGCCGUCAUCGUCAAGCCGCGUCGCAGCAGUUGGCAGUCCACACACGAGCGGAAGACGUCGGUCCAGUUGGAGAUGGAGUGCGACGAAGACGAAGGUGACGAUAUCCCAGAGGGCCUCAUCCUAGACAAUGUCCCCAUCUCACCACGCCCGCCUUCUGAGCGAUCUCAAUCCGUCAACCCCAGCCCCGCGAGCUCCAAGCCCGGCUCGCCCGACCGCGCGGUCAAGGAGCACAGACACCGCAGUGUCGGAAACGGCACACCAGCCAUCGCUUCCGCCCAGGGCUCGCUGCGCUCCCCACAAUGGAAGACCGAGCACAACAAGUCGCACAGCGAAGUGGCUUCGCCCAUGAAAUGGCGCGCUAAGAGCUGGACGAGCGCCCUGUCCGAGCUGAGCUUGGAAGCCAAGAACCUGACGGAGAAGCUCGAAGAGCAUGCCGACGAGCUGGAGCUUAAGUCGCAGCAGCGUUCUAGCACCGGUUCGAUGCCCGCGGUGCGCCGCUCUUCGACCAGUUCGUCCCUCGAUUCAAAGACGCGCCAUAAAUCUGCCCUGCCUGACCUGCCCCCUCUGCGCCGCAGCAACAUCAUGAUCGAUCCUCUGCCCGUGUCCAAGGAGAAGGAGGCGGUUCUCUCGCGGACGCGGCCGUCUUGGCUGCCGCCCAAGGACCCUGCCGAGGAGAAGCGCCACCUCAAGGAGUACCAGAAGAUGAUGGCCUACAGCCUCGAAGCCGAAAAACGCCGCGAGGCCACCAAGCAGGCCAAGUCCGACUGCCGCGAUACCGCCGUCAGCAGCCUCAUGCAGAUCUGGGAUCACGACAUCAUCCCCCGCUGGUCGGUCGCCAUUCGCGAGCGCCGCACGCGUGAUUUGUGGUGGCGUGGCGUCGCCCCGCGCAGCCGUGGCGCUGUGUGGUCGCGUGCCAUUGGCAACGAGCUUGGCCUGACCGAGGCGUCCUUCCACGCUGCGCUCAGCCGCGCGUACGAGGUGGAGGUGCGCGCAAAGACCGAAAACUCGAUCGAAGGCGACGAGCAGUACCUGGCCUGCUUCGAGACCAUCCGCAAGGACGUCCAGGAGCACACGUGGAGAGACCUCAAGAUCUUCCAGGCCGGUGCUCCGCUGCACCAGGGGCUGAUGGAUGUCCUGAUGGCCUACUCCAUGUACCGCAGCGACAUUGGCUACGUCACCGGCUGCAACACCAUUGCUGCUCUGCUCCUCCUCAACCUGCCUGGCCCUGCAUCGGCUUUUGUCGCCCUCGCCAACUUGCUUAACCGCCCGUUGCCGCUGAGCUUCUACGCUGCUGAUCCCGGCGCCAAGGCAUCUGCCUACAACCUCAUGCUGCAGACCCUCGCGCAAAAGUCGCCCGUCCUCUACGACCACAUCACGAACAUGCCCGACUAUGACCCCGACUUGUGUCUCAACAGCGUCUUCACUUCCCUCUUUACCGGCCACCUUGCUCUCGACCAGGCUGCUCGUUUGUUCGAUGUCUAUGUCUUUGAGGGUGACACCAUCCUCGUGCGCGCCGGCGUGGCCCUGCUUAUGGAGCGGGAGGCAGCACUGCUCGGCACACAGGACAUGGCGGCUGUCGUCAAGGCCAUUACCCCCGGUGGUGAUGGAGCUGACGAUAAGCACGUUGUCGUUGCACAGCACGGCGAAGAGGACCGCUGGAUGCUGGCUGUCCGCGAAGCCGGUAAGGUCUCGCCUAAGUAG